AUGGCGUCUUCACUCUUCAUCCUUGCCCUCCUCCUCACCGUCGCUGCAACCAACGCGGCCACCAUCACGGUGGUGAACAAGUGCUCCUACACGAAGCCACCCGCCUCGCUCGCCGAGUACACUCUGGGGACAGGCAGCAAUGCUGACUUCUACGACAUCUCCCUCGUUGACGGAUUCAACGUGCCGAUGAGCUUCGGGCCCGUCGGCGGCAGCUGCCGCGCGGUCAGCUGCGCCGCGGACAUCAACGCAAAGUGCCCGUCGGAGCUGAAGGUGGACGGGGGCUGCAUGAGUGCCUGCGGCAAGUUCGGCACCGCACAGUACUGCUGCCCACCGCCGAGUACACCGUCGACUUGCGGGCCGACAAACUACUCGCGUUUCUUCAAGGGGCUCUGCCCAGACGCCUACAGCUAUGCCUACGACGACAAGACCAGCACCUUCACCUGCGCUAGCGGAACAAACUACCAACUGACCUUCUGCCCGUAG